GAAGCGUUACCCACGAUGAAAAAAAUACGCGCCAGUACAACGCCAAUUCCUCGCGACGGUCCGCUGUUGACCUUGUUUUUUUGCUGUUACGGUGCGCUUGCUGCACCUACAAUACUUCAGUCAAGACUACUUGUGGAAAAUGCUGAGACACAAGUCGAAAGUUUUCUCCUUGGAGUUGAGAAUCUUGGAGAAAAAUCAAUUCCAGUGGCCAGGAUACAUCCGGCAGUGCCCGUUUCUCCACCUGGUAACAGAAACCUCGCGGAGAGGAUUCAAAUUAUCUCAGUCAUGUUACCUGGAGUGAAAAAUCUCGGAGAAAAAGCUAUCCCAGAGGCUGUCAUAUUGAAGAUGGCAGAGGGUCACCCCAAGAGUGAAUACGAACAUAUUUGAAUAUUGAUCGUCUCGAUAAUUAUUCAUUUCAUUAUGCCAUGUCAAUUAUUCUCUUUAUCAUUUCUGUCAGUGAAUAUAAUCUGCGGACUCGCUGAGGUAAACCCAUAAUUUUCCAUUUCAAGCUCGCCAAGAGAGAGGACAUCGGCGAAUGAUUUAUCAAAGGACAAAUCCCUCUUUGUGAACAUUUGCUGUUAUCCAUGUUGAAAAAUAAACUAAAAAUAUUCAAUAAUCCUCAC